AGCCACUUCAUCCCAUGGAGAUACAUCCCUGUCCUCCUCACGGGGUUACUUAUGAAGAUGAUCAUCAAGGAGCCAUCCAUGCCAGUAUUGAGGGAGUAGAUGAAGCACCUCAUGAGAAGAAACCAGUGAUGAAGAAAGUGAAGGACAAAGUGAAGAAGAUCAAGAACACACUUGAGAAGAAGAUGCAUGGAGAGGACCAAUACCACCACCAUGAGCUUGAUGUAGAAGAAGAUGAUGAUGAUGAUAAUGAUGGCUAUGAAGAGGAUGAUGAAGAACAAAAGACUGAUCCUGAUGUUCAUGGUGUUGGUCAUCAUGAGCCACUUGAUGAAGUUGAGAUAAAAGACCGUGUGGUUGUUGGAGAAUCCAUUGCACCUCUUGAAGUUGAUCCUGAUGCACCAGCAAUGGAAACAAAGGCUCAUAGAGAUGGUGGUGAGGAGGUGGAUUUGUCUCAGCCUCUUCUAACUAAACUAGAAGAAAUGACUAUUUCCAGCCAACAUAAAAAAGAAGGAGAACGAGAAGCAACAAGACCACAUGAGGAAACUUCAGCCAUGGAGUAUGGGAAGAAGGUGGCAAACAUGGUGUUGGAGAAGGUGAAGCCCAGAGGGAGGGUUGAGGAAGGGGAGAAGGUGGCUGAUAAAGGAGUGUCUGUGAGAGAGUACUUGGUGGAAAAGUUGAGGCCUGGAGAGGAUGACAAAGCUCUCAGUGAGGUUAUUUCAGAGAUGGUGCAUGGGACUAAGGAGGAAGAGGAGGAGAAGAAGAUAAUGAAGGGGGAGAGAAAGAUGGUGGAGAGGAUAAGACAGACAAUGGCUUCGUUGCUUGGUGCUUCUCCUGAACAUGAUAAGCAACAAGAAGUCGUGAUGCAAAGGGAGGCAGAGAGGGAGAGGAAGGUGCAGGAAGAGGACUUGCAGUGAUGCUGAGAAGUAGAGAGUACUUGUGUUGUGAAAUGUUAUGCUUUGUAUCUUUUGUUGGGGUUUUUUUUUAUUAAUAUAUAGUCAUUGUGAU